AUGGUAUUCAGGUUAAAGCGGGUCUGGUUGUUCUUCUACGGAUCAGGUUCCUUAUGGGUUCCUUGGCUGUGCAAUAAUCGUUUUGGAGGAACAAGCGUUUGGCUAACAAAUGAUUCGCCUAGAUUUUCUUGGACUGUGAGAAGCAUGCUUCAGCUGAAGCAGGAUCUUCUGCUCUUCCUUAGAUGUAAUAUAGGAGAUGGGAACACAGCCUCAUUUUGGUAUGACUAUUGGACAGAUUUGGGUCCUCUUCAUCUAAUGUUUGGUCCCGGUGGACCAGGGUCUUUGAGAAUUCCUAUAGCAGUGACUGUCUCUCAAGCAGUUAGAGAUGGAAAUUGGAAUCUCCCACCAGCGCGCUCUGAAAAUGCUGUGACCUUGCAGAUCAUUCUUUCGACUUUGCCGAUUCCGUCUGCUGAUAGUGGUGGAGAUACUUACUUAUGGAGAAAUCACUCUGGGGGUUUUGGUUCGUCGUUCUCGACCCGUGUAACAUGGGAAAGGAGUCGAACUCGCAGCCCCUUGGUAAAUUGGCAUUCGAUUGUAUGGUUCAAAGAGGAAAUCCCUCGUUGUUCGUUUAUAGCUUGGACUGCUUUUCUAGGAAGGUACAUGGCGUCUCCCCCAUCCUCUUUAUCGUCUAUGAUCGAGUUGUGCCAGCAUCUUCAAGGCCCUCAUGCUUCCCGGGCGACGGUGGUGCUCAAGCUACUGAAUCAAGUCAUCAUUUACUCUCUCUGGCGUGAGAGGAAUGCUCGUAUCUUCACAAGCGUAUCAGCAACUCCAGAAGCUUUCUUCCGUGUGGUGGACCGUGCAAUGCGUGAUCGUCUGCUUUCCCUUUCGAGACCUCCAGCUGUUGUUUCUAAUACCGAAGAGUUGAACCUGAGAGCUCACUCACUCCCUGGCUCUCUCUUCAACAACGCAACUCUCUCUCUUCUCAAGAAUAGAAUCUCAGGUGGAUAUACUUCUUUCAGAUCCAGGGUUUCUCCUUCUUCUGCUACUCUUCGCUUAGGUCCUGAACUCCUUCCUGAUAAACUCUCAAAAGUUAUGAGCUUGAAGAUAUCUUCUCUAACCUAA